GGCCACAAUCGCCGGAGUGGCCACUGAGGACUGGAGGCCCGGUGUCUCGGUGUAGGAGGUGACCACCAGCUGUCACCCACCCCCGUGACCUGCAUUUAACACGGAUUUAGAGAAGCAGACAACAGGGCAGCAUCGGCGACCAUAACAAGACCCCAGGGACUGAACUGGGCCAACGAGAGCUGUGCGCAGGGGGCUGAUAUCUUGCACUGGCAUGAGCGACUCGGCAGAGUGAGCAAGAAGCCUCCACAUGCUGGUGGUCGAGAGCUAAGUGGCCCGCUGUCUUACUUCAUGGGCGACCCCUAUGCAAGAGAGCGGGCGCUAGAAAUGAGAGCUGCAGAAGACAACUCUGGAAAGGUGCUGCAGAGGCUCAUUCAAGAGCAGCUGCGCUACGGCGGCGUCACCGACAACCGUGGCCUCUUAGCCAUCCAGCAGCAGGCGACCACCGCGGGGUCACCCACGCCGGCCAACGCCACCACGGGUGCUGGCGCCUCCCACGGAGCUUUGUCCCUGGCCCCCGCGUCUCUGGGAGCGGUCUCUUUGGGCGGCGCACCAGCAGCGACAGCAGGAAGCUCCAUCUCUUCCACGGAGAGCUUGGUGCAGGAUUUGCGUCAAUCUGCCCGGCAGGAGCCACAGGGUCAAGAACACCAAAGCAGUGAGACUCCAGAGAAGCAAGCCCAACGUCUUGCCUUACUGCAGCAGCAAGCACUCCAGCAGCAGUAUCAGCAGCAGCAGUAUCAGCAGCAUCACACUGCCACUGAAGAACUUCCAUCUUACGAGGAGGCCAAGGUCCAUUCUCAGUACUACUCCAGCCUGCAGAGUCAAGGUCAAGGGCAGACGGUUCACCAGGCCAGGAUGAGCAACACGGGCCCUGCUGCAUUCUACGUGACGGCCACGGUGGGUGCGCAGAAGGGCCGCACGGAGGGCAGGCCAGCCGUUCAGAGGACCAGCCCACUUCCCAUCAUGCAGGAUGACGGCCUUAAAGAGCUGAAGCAGGGCCACGUGCGCUCUCUGAGCGAGCGACUCAUGCAGCUCACAUUGGAGAAGAACGGAGCCAAGGCUCAGCUGCCGCUGGGCAGCUCCCCUCCCAGCAGUGUGCCACAGCAGUCGAGCGCAGACUUCUGUCGUUUUCAAAAUCAGUCGCCGCCCCAGAGACCUUACGACCCACGGGGCCCACCUCCAGAGUACCCUUUUAAACACAAGGCGGCGUUCGCUCCGCAAGGAAGUCCACUUCAACUCAACCAAUUUACAGCUCUCCAGCACCAGCAUCAUCAUGUGCCAGGUGCAGCGGAACAGCAUCUUCUAAGAUAUCAGCCACCACCUGAAUACAACAUGGCCAGGCAAACUCAACAAGGGAUGCAGCACAUGCAGAUGCAGUACCACAGCCCAUCUGCAUCACAAGGCAGUGCCGGGAGCUUGUCCAUGCAGAUGCCUGGUGCCGGGGCCUUGCCAGGGCCCGUGCAGAACCUUGGCUCCAUGACCCUGACGACGGCAGUGGCACAGCAUACUCCGAUGUACGCCGGACUCGGGGGACAGCUCAGCAUGGCUCACACAGCAGGUCCUGGAGAGGAGCUUCACUUCAUGCUGCUGAGAUCCCAGCAGACGGUGGAGUUGCUUACAGAGGAGAACCAGCUGCUGCGUAGUGAGCUGGAGAGCUAUUGUGAGAAAGACGUCAAGCUGCAAAAGAUGGAGCGCGAGGUCCUGCGGAUCUCCGAAGCCUACGAGAACCUGGAAAAGUCCACGUCCAAGAGAGAGACCCUGGAGAAAGCGAUGAGGACCAAGAUGGAAUCGGAGAUCAGAAGGCUGCACGACUUCAACAGAGACCUGAGGGAUCGUCUUGAGACGUCGAAUAAGCAGCUUGCAAGCAGGGAAUACGAGAAUUCUGAGGACAACAAGCUAACCAUUGCCAAGCUCAUCGCUCAGAACAAGGAGACCCUGCUGACCAAGGAGAAGCUGGAGGUGGAGCUUGCGGGGCUUCGCUCGGCCAAUGGGGACCAGCGGCGCCACAUCGAGCUGCUGAACCAGGCGUUCAGCAGCUCCGAGGCUAAGGCGGCAAAGCUGCAGGAGGAGCUCAAGAAGAAGCAGUUCUACGUGGAUAAAGUGGAGAAGCUGCAGCAGGCACUGUCCCAGCUGCAGGUGGCGUGCGAGAAGAGGGAGCAAUUGGAGCGGCGACUGCGCACGCGGCUGGAGCGUGAACUGGAAACUCUGCGUGCACAGCAGCGGCAGGGAGCGCCACCCCCAGGAGCAACGUCGGAGCACGCGGCGCCGGCGCUGAUGGAGCUGCUCCGCGAGAAGGAGGAGCGGGUGCUGGCGCUGGAGGCCGACAUGAUGCGCUGGGAGCAGAAGUACCUGGAGGAGAGCGCCAUGCGCCAGUUUGCGAUGGACGCAGCCGCAACCGCGGCCACAGAGCGAGACACAACGAUUAUUGCAAAUUCUCCAAAUGCAAGUUUCUCGGAGGAGGAGGAGUUCAUGUUGGCUAGCCGCCGCUGCCAUGACAUGGAAGGCAGGAUAAAAAAUCUGCACGCUCAGAUUAUCGAGAAGGAUGCCAUGAUAAAGGUUCUCCAGCAGCGGUCGCGCAAGGAGCAGCAGGGAAAGACUGAGUCGUCUGCAACCUCCCUCCGUCCAGCCAAGUCCGUCCCGUCGAUCGCAGCGGCGGCAGCGGCAUCGGGGAGCCCCGGUGGUGGUCUGGCCAGUGGCCUUGCCGCCCGGAAGCCGCCCAUGGCAGCCAGCCCCUCGCUGGAGGAGCGGCUUGGAGCUCGGACCGGCAGCUUCAGUGGCCUGGUGAGCACCGAGCUGGCAGAGGAAGGCUCCACGGCAUCCUUGGGGCUCUCUCCGAUGCGGGCGCUGUCCCCUCUGCCGCCGCCGUCGCCACACUUCACGCACGUCAAGUCCAGCAGCAAGGACAGCAGCACGCAGACGGAGCGUGGGGCCCAGGAGGGCAGCUCCAGCCCCCACGUGGAUCCUGCUGCAGCGGAGCGCAAGAAGAGCAACACCCUCCCUCGUGGAAGCAAGAUGCUUCCCAGCCUCCACAUCCUGCGAGUCGACGCCAGGGACCGUGCAGAUAUGAAGAUGUCAGCUGGUGAGAAGUCACUGGACGGGAGAGCCCCACUGCCCAUGUCAGGGCUGCCCCAGGAAGACCAAAUGGAUAACGAGAUGGUCGAGAUUCUGAUAUAAGACGCUGAUUACAGCCUCGGUAGAGAAGCUCACAGCGGAUCUAUGACAGUUCCGAUCUGUUGGUCCAAUACAUUUCACGUCGCUGUAAUUGACAUGAAGAAAUAAACCGCGUUGGGGGGGGGGGGGGAGACAUUCCAGCCCGGGGAGAGAUGCGAGCACUUCAGCUGGACACGUUUCUACUGGACACGGCGUUUUUAAACUUUUUGAGGCCUCUUCAUUUUUGUAAGUAAAAUAAAAAGAAGCCGCUGGCCGGUGAAGACAAACUCAGCCUCUGGUGACCAGUGUUGUUGGGGACUCUCCGGCGCUCGUGCAGAACGCUGGCCGUCACCUGCCGAGCGCGUCAGCAGUAGCAGCCGCACCCCGACGCGUUUCCAGUGGGAUGGGGUGCGCACAGUAACCCUCAGGAACGAGGUCUCGGCAUCAAGAAUUCUGGAGCCAAGAGUGCAUCGCCGUUGAAUCUUUUGGAAUUUGCAUGAAAGUAUGCAUUUUAGUUCAAGGGAUUUGUUGCAAAAUAAAAUGGUGAGAUCUGCACGGUCGAACGAAUGCCUUUGUAGGAUUUUGUCAGAAGUGACCCAUCUUACCCCACCACAAGAGUGCUUUAAAUGCCUUGAGCCCAAUUGAUACUCGUUUGUAGCCAUUGCCAAACGCAUGUAGAACGCGUAUUUAAUCUCACUGCUUAAUCUAUGUGCUGGACAGCACUUUCAGGUUUAAAUGUUUAUAAUUUAUUCUUUACACUACCCCUUUCAGCUGUGCAAUUCAGUUGGCUUCAGUGCAUUUUGACCCGAAGCUGCCGAGCGAAGCAGCACAUAGUAGGAAGAUGAGAAGGGGGAAGCAUGGGGGGGGGAAGUGGUGUUUGCCGAGCGCAUGGAUGAAUUGCAGAGAAGCGCGGUGACUGUUCUGCUGACAGACGCCUUCUCAAUGGGUGUCAACAUAGGCAAGGGCCAGACCCACAAUCAGCAUUGGCUGGAAAGCUCGGAAAACCGAAAUACACGCGGACAUUUGGCAAUUGCAGUUCAGUAGCCUAAAGAAUUCCGUACAUGACAAUUACUUUGUAUUGAAAGUUUGGUGCUGUAACUCUGCACAAUGCUAAGUUGCUUCUGAUUGUGGAAUUUUACAGUAAGACUGGUUCAAAUAAUUUGUACACUCCCAUAGCUUGCGUGCGGAUUUUCUACUGCCUGUGUGCACAGCUGAAUGUUGAGUGUAGGUGAACUUGAAGCUAAGCUUAAGACAAAACUGUACUUGGUAAACUAUGCCCAAAUUGCAUCUGCCUAUACAACUGUGUAUAUGAUCGGGGAUGUUCAGGUUGCAAAGAUUACGCGUGUUAAUACAGCACUGAGUAGACAUCCGAAUACCCCACAGAGCAAGGGUCUCUGUACGCCUUUGGCGAUGUGGCGCUGUCAUUUUUGUUCAGACGAGUGCUGCUGCUACUGGUGUUGGGAGUCACGUCAUUUACGUGAGCUUUGUCUCGUUCUUGGUGCACGGCUCCUACGAGAAUCUGAUUGGAAAUAUUGCGACGUGGCAACUAUAAAAUGCACUGCGCGAUAGGAUUCAAUGCCUGCGCUCCCGAAAACGAAUAACUGCUUGGGCCAAAAGAAAACAGUAGUAUGGCUUCGCCUGCAUGCUAGGAUAGAUGGUUGUCAGUCUGGCCUUGGUGGUGUCACCACUGCAUAGGCCCUGGGUGCGGCACCACACGGUCUUGUAGCCACCGUCUCAGAGUGGCAUCUGGCAUUGUACUUCCAGCAUCUUAUAUUUACGAACUGCACAUUGCAGAAGUGCACACCAAGGGAUGGCUACACCGUUAUGCAACAUAUGCAGCGGAUAUACAUUUAUUUAACAUGCAUUAUCAAUGAAAAUAGAUUUAUGCAAUUGCAACAUAACAUCAUACCUUUUAGUGCAUUGGUUUGCG